UCAUGCAGGUAUAUAGAUGAAAAUAUAUAUAAAUAUAUAAAACUUGCAAAAUAUUGAGAGCACGAUGCAUCCAGCAUAUAAAGAGUAAUGUAUUGGAGUGUAAUAAAGGAAAAUUUCGACAGUUAAAAAAAAUGUCAUCACGAAACAAGGGUUUUCCGUAUAUUAAAGUCUUUGGAAGAGGAUAAAAAGCAAAAUAAAUUUUUAAGAGAGAACAUUUUUCAAUUGACACUAGAAUGAAUCAAUUAAAAAUUUUAUUAUCCCUUGGCAUUUUGCUCAUUUUUGGACAUACAAGUAAUGCGGUUGAUCCAAAUUGUUUUUUUCAAAUGGACGUACUACCUGGGCGGACAUAUUACAUAGCAAGUCCUAAUUAUCCCAAUAUGUAUACUGGAGCACAUUCUUGCAGAUGGAAUAUUAGAAGUACAUCUCAACUUCGAGUAAAUUGUGAAGUAUUCGAAGUACCUUCGAGUACUAAUUGUGCAUUGGAUCAAGUUCUCAUGUAUCUUAGUCCAAGACAAGGACCUUUACGAUUAUGUGGAGCAGGAAGAUUCGGUCGAGAUUCGGAUGGUCCAGAAAUAGUGGUUACUUUUCAAAGUGCAAGGAACACACCUGGAGGACGAUUUUCUUGUUACAUACAAGCAAUUGGAUCUGAGCAAAAUUGUAGAUGUGGUUGGAAAAAACCGAUGAGAAUAGUUGGUGGUGAAAAUACUGGAUUACACGAAUUUCCAAUGAUGGCAGGAAUUGUUGACGCAAGAUUAUCUCAAGUUUACUGCGGUGGGACAAUAAUUUCUGUUAAACAUAUUUUAUCAGCUGCUCAUUGUGUCAUGAAUAGAGAUCCUUCAAAUAUGGGUGUGCUUAUUGGUGAUUACGAUAUUUCAACUGGUCGUGAUACAAAUUCAACUCUUUUUAAAGUCUCUCAAUAUGUUAUGCAUCCCUCAUUUAGAUCAAAUAUACGAAAUAGUCCUUAUGAUAUCAGUGUUAUAACCAUCCUGGGAACUAUAAGAUACACAAAUGAAAUUGGUCCAGCAUGUCUUCCAUUUCAACACAGUCAAGAUAGUUUUAGUGGAGCUGUUGUCAAUAUUUUGGGUUGGGGCACAACUGAAUUUGCUGGUAGCAUUUCAAACAUUUUACAGAAAGCACAAGUGAAUAUCAUCAAUCUUUCGCAAUGCAGAAAUACAUACCCCAAUGUAUUGAAUAAUCAAAUGUGCACAUUUGCACCAGGUAGAGAUGCAUGUCAGUUUGACAGUGGUGGUCCAGCUUUGUGGCAAAAUCCAUCAACGGGUAGACUCGUGAAUGUUGGAAUUAUUAGUUAUGGAAUCGCUUGCGGUACAAAUAAUCCUUCAGUAAAUACUCGUGUAGGUGCUUUUAUGGACUGGAUUUUGUCGGUAACACCAGGUGCCGUAUAUUGCAGAGCUGAAUAAUUUUCAACAAAGGCUGUUUUUAAGUACCUGAUUUUGUUUACAUUCCAUAUGUUAUAUUAAUAAAAAGUUUUAAGUUA